CUUGAUCUAAGGUCAGGUGGGAAAGACAACCUGUGAAUGAUUUCGAACAUAUUUAAAUAGUUUGUUGUACAUUACAUGAGAAUCAAUUGUUUUUCCUUUUUGUUCUAUUUAAGUGUUGUCGGUUUUUUUUUUAUAUUAAACCUUUAAGAGUUAUGUAGUGAGCUGCUGACAGUUCCCACAUAGUUGAUGAAUCUGGCAGCGGAAUGAUAUCGUCAGUGACGUUAGAGGAGUUUGCAGGGGCAGCCUACCCACACACCCCACCCUCCCUCCGGGCCUUACGGAAGUAGGGAAGAAAAUCAAUGGCAAUUUGUCAUUUAAAGUGACCAUGUCAUUGUUUACUCCUCUACAAGCCAAUAGGCCUGCCACUACUACACCAUCAUGAUGCCUAUUCUGCAUGUUCAGAUGUUGUUGCGCAGUUGCGCGUUUGGAAAGGUGUGGGACCCAUUCAACCGAUUGGAGGGCUGUCACUGCAUACGGGCUUAACUGGGGAAGCGAAGUUUUGUCCUCUUUCGCAACAAGCUGAAGCACGUCCCGCCUUACUUGCAGGUUUUGGACACCUCGCGGUGCAGUGUUGACGCGCUUCGCCAAGAUGGAUCACUAUCUGAAUUACUUGUAAUCGCCAGUCCUUAGUAAACUUCCAUCAAUGUGGACUGCGGGAGAUCGGAUUAAUUUGUAGAUCGGUGAUACUAGUGGAAACACCCUGUGGACAACCAGCUAUUGAAACCAUUGAAACCUGUCCCUCCCGUCCCGCUGGCAGGCAGCUUUCAAGAUGAUCCCGGUGAAUGAGUUUCGACACAUUGCCUCAGAACAAAACCCCCAGUACCGGGUCCUGAAGCCAUGGUGGGACGUGUUCUCUGAGUACCUUUGUGUCGCCAUGCUCAUGAUCGGCGUGUUCGGCUGCACGGUUCAGCUAUCACAAGAGAAAAUAGCGUGUCUGCCAAACCGUAUCAUCAGCCCUUCCAAGGCAGAAACGGACUGCAACCAUAUCCGAGAGCACCAAGCCAACGACAGCCUGUGGGAGUUCAGCAUCACCAAAGAGCUCAAGCCCGACGUGCUCGAGGUGUUUGGCCGUAAGAACGGCCUCGACAUUCACCAGUAUGUGUUUGUCAACCACUACUGCUACGAGCAGGCUGUCCACUGGUUUGCCAAGUACUUCCCCUACCUCGUGGUCAUCCAUUCCAUGAUCUUCAUGGUGGCCAGCAGCUUCUGGUUCAAGUUCCCGGGGACGUCCUCCAAGCUCGAGCUCUUUGUCAGCAUACUGAGCAAGUGCUUUGACUCGCCCUGGACCACGCGAGCCAUCAGCGAGGUGUCAGAGGAGCGGGGAGAGGAGAAGAUGGUGAGCUGGAGAAAGGGGAGCGCGUGGUCAAAGAUCAACCCUGAUGGAUUUAUGGGCACCGACGUGGAGAAUAUCACCCUGCUGCGGUCGGCAUCUGUGGUGUCCGGCCCAGAGAAGAAACUACCAGAAGCGUCUGCAGCCUCCGUCUUGGACAAGAAAGAAGGGGAGCAGGCCAAGGCACUCUUCGAGAAGGUGAAGAAGUUUCGCACCCAUGUGGAGGAAGCAGAUCUCCUCUACAAGAUGUACGUCAUCCAGACAUCCCUAAAAGUCUUCAAGUUUGUUCUCAUCACAGUUUAUACAGCAUCGCUGGUACCCAACAUGGAGAUUGUGGUGAAGUGUUCAGUGCCUCCAGAUUUGACUGGCUUUGACAUAUUCUGUUGUAACCAUAAUAGGGCCAACCUCUUCUCUAAACUGGCUUAUUGCUACAUUUGUUUCGUUGGAGUGUAUGGAUUAUUGUGCAUAUAUUCCUUGUACUGGCUUUUUCAUCGCUCACUAAAGGAGUAUUCUUUCGAGCAUGUCCGCCUGGAGACCGGCAUCAAUGACAUACCGGACAUGAAAAAUGACUUUGCGUUCCUGCUGCACCUUAGCGAUCGGUACGACCCCCUUUACGCCAAACGCUUCGCUGUCUUCCUGUCUGAGGUCAGCGAGUGUCACCUCAGACAGGUGAACCUCAACCACGAGUGGAGCGCCAAGAAGCUCCGCACCCGCCUCACUCGCAACGCCAGCCAGCGUCAGGAGCUCCACCUUUUCAUGCUGGCGGGGGUGCCAGACACGGUGUUCGAUAUCCCCGAGAUUGAGUCGCUGAAGAUGGAGCUGCUCAGCAACAUCACCCUACCAGCCACCUUGACGCAGCUCACGGAGCUGCAGGAGCUCUCCCUCAUCCACUGCCCGGCCAAGCUGCAGCACGCCGCCCUCAACCACCUGCAGGAGAACCUGAAGGUGCUGAGGCUCACCUUCGAGGGCCUGGAGCAGGUGCCCCUGUGGAUGUACACGCUGAAGGCCCUGGAGGAGCUGCACCUGAGCGGCCCGCUGAGCCUGGAGGCCUCGCGCAGCGCCACGCUCGAGACGCUGCGCGAGCUCAAGAACCUGCGCGUGCUGACGCUGCGUAGCCACCUGACCAAGCUCCCGCCCGGCGUGGUGGACGUGGCGGGCCAGCUGCAGCGUCUCUGCGUCCUGAACGAGGGCUGCAAGCUGCAGGUGAUGAGCAACAUGAAGAAACUGACCAACCUCACGUCUCUGGAGCUCAUGGGCUGCCAGCUGGAGCGCAUCCCCAGCGCGGUGUUCAGCCUGACGGGCCUGCAGGAGCUGGACCUGAGGGAGAACAAGCUGACCACCGUGGAGGAGAUCAUGAGCCUGCAGCACUGCCGACGGCUCAGCACGCUGAGGCUGUGGCACAACGCCAUCGCCUACAUCCCCGAGCACAUCAGCAAGCUGCACGCGCUCGAGACGCUCGACGCCAGCUGGAACAAGAUCCGCCGGCUGCCAGCGCGGCUCUACUACUGCACCAAGCUGCGGCACCUGGACCUCUCGCACAACCAGCUCUCCGCGCUGCCCACGGAGAUUGGCAGCAUGCAGAGCCUGCAGUAUCUGUCCAUUGCCUUCAACUCCCUGGAGUCCCUGCCUGAGGAGCUCUUCUCCUGCAAGCGGCUGAAGACCCUCGCACUGGGGAACAACAGCAUCUCCUUCCUGUCCUCUCGUGUGGCCAAUCUGGCCCAGCUGGUUCGACUGGAACUAAAGGGCAACCGUCUAGAGUCCCUUCCCCAGGAGAUAGGUGACUGCCCACUCCUCAAACUGAGCGGAAUUGUGGUAGAGCAGAGCCUUCUAGAACUUUUGCCUUCAGAGGUCAGACACAGAAUGGAUGAUAGUUAAGAAUGGCUGUUUUUUUACUCACCUGUCACUCUCAAUGACUCUUAUGAGCAGGUGGGAACAUACUUCUGUGUCUUAGUGAUGGCAGCUUAAGAACUCAAGAACCUAAGACAAGUGUUUACAUAACCUGCAAUACCUGUAUGAACCUGUCCUUCACAUUGGGAAUUCAUGUCCAAACUAAGCACCUUCAAGUUUACUACUUUGGACUUUAUGAAAUCAAAUCCGAUAGCCUGGGCUUAUAUUUAUUUUGAUCAAAGCUCAGAGAAUCUUUUCAGAGAAUUUUUCUAAUGUUCUUUACUACUAUUUUAUUGGUAUUAAAGACAAUGCUAGUAAGACUGAUGAUUGAUGCAACAUUUUAUUUUUGUAACUUACCAUGUACAUUUUCAUAGCUGUGCCAUUUCACUUUGUUAUCAUUUCAUUUGUUGAUGGGCCAUUUUCUCAUUAGAAGGUAAAACCAGGUUGGUAACUCAUUGGCUGAGAAGUUGUUUAUUGACUAACUAAUAUGCAGAGUGAGACUAACGGUACUUAAACUGUUGCCUCUGAGGGAAUGUGUUUGUGGUCUGUGGUUGUUCCUAAAUGUUUUGUUCUCCUGA